GCAGGAUUUUGUUAAUGCUAACAUUCUUCUAACGGUGCCUCAACCUUUGUGUCUUCCAGGCAGACCAGGGAACAGGAGACACCCCCGGACUUCUUCUACUUCUCUGAUCUGGAGAGACACAACGCUGAGAUCGCUGCCUUUCAUCUGGACAGGAUCCUAGACUUCCGGAGAGUUCCCCCGGUAGCGGGAAGACUGGUCAACAUGACCAGGGAGAUACGGGAUGUGACCAGGGACAAAAAGCUCUGGAGGACCUUCUUCAUCUCCCCAGCCAAUAACAUCUGUUUCUACGGAGAGUGCUCUUACUACUGCUCUACUGAGCAUGCUCUGUGUGGGAAACCGGACCAGAUUGAGGGUUCUCUGGCUGCCUUCCUGCCAGACCUGGCCCUGGCCAAACGUAAGACCUGGAGGAACCCUUGGAGACGAUCCUACCACAAACGCAAGAAAGCAGAGUGGGAGGUGGACCCAGACUACUGUGAUGAGGUGAAGCAGACUCCUCCCUAUGACCGCGGCUCUCGCCUGCUGGACAUCAUGGACAUGACCAUCUUUGACUUCCUCAUGGGUAACAUGGACCGGCACCAUUAUGAGACUUUUGAGAAGUUUGGAAACGAGACAUUCAUCAUCCAUCUGGACAAUGGAAGAGGGUUCGGGAAACACUCCCAUGACGAGCUCUCCAUCCUGGUGCCUCUGAGCCAAUGCUGCAGAGUGAGGAAGUCGACCCACCUGCGUCUGCAGCUGUUGGCCAAGGAGGAGUACCAGCUGAGCCGUCUGAUGGAGGAGUCCCUGCUGGGUGACCGCCUCCACCCCAUCCUCAUCCAGCCCCACCUGGAGGCCAUGGACCGAAGGCUGCGCCUGGUGCUCCAGGUCCUGGUUGUCUGCGUGGAGAAGGAGGGCUACAGUAACGUGGUGGAGGUAGACUACAGAGGAGCCAGAGGGGGCAGGGACACAGUCACCCACAGGAAUCCAGGGCACAGGUAGUGAGGCUAGCUAGGAGGAGAGGUAGAUGGGAGGUGGAGAGGUGAUACCCCUGGUUCUCGCCGCUCUCCCCAUCCUGGACCUCCAAAGAAACUACCGUUGAUGGUGAACCAACCAUGGGUGUCUGGUCUCACGGAGAGACUGACUGGAUCCUGUGACUGUGCGGGAACCGCCAUUUUGAAUUCAGUGAAUUCCGAGACUUGCCGUCAAUGCCUCUAUGGAACCUCCCAUGUAUGAGUGUUUAUAUAUAGGUACUGUUGGUCCACAGAUAUAGCAGUGAACUGAGGAGAGAAGAGACCUGGUCUUUGCUUAGGACAGAUGUUUUAUUACUUCUCUUGGACAUGAUAAAGAAGAACCAUUUUGAUUUUACUUUGUUGGUUUUCUUAUGUUAUGUUUUUUGGGUUGUUUGAAUGCGAAGGCUAUCAUUGUUUGCUCGGGUUUGCGCUAAGCUAGCUACAGUAUCUUUGUGUUACGCAACCAAAUGAGAUUUUACUUUAACAAGUUAAAAUGUGGUUUGAGCUUUAUUCAUGCACAGUAACUGGAGGAAUGGAAUAUAAGGUUUAUAAAGCUUUAAUUUUAGAGGGAGUGUAUGAAAAUAAUAUAGUAUAUUGUCUAUGAUAAAUCUCAGUGUGACCGUUACUUAUCAGUUGCCUCCAUUUUAAACCCGUCACUAUCUAUGACAAUGCUUUACGCUUCCAUUACUAUGAGACAUUAUAGAGGAGGAUGUUUACGGUACAGAAAUGACCUGGUAUUUACUAAGAAUUUACAUGGUAAAAUGGUAAUUGCACAGUAAUACCCCAUUAAUUACUACAUAAAGUACUUGUUUGGUACUUUGGGAUUCAAACAAACACUGCUAUAGACACCAUUUUGAAGCAGGUAGUUCCCAAAUAAGCAUAAAGUAUAGCGUAAGCACCAGAAAGAACUCAGUGAUGCCACAUAGUUUCCUAAUAAGAACCACCUAAAUACCAAUCGAAGCAGUACACCAUUAAAUAAAGUGCUACUGGUUUCCUUUUCAAUAAAGCUUUCAGUUCAACUUAAAUUCAGCGUUCAAAGCCUGGAUGGAAGCAGCUUUCUUACACAAGGGCUCUUUAACAAGCACCUCUCAGCAGCCCAUAAGUUGACUAGCGUUGAGUGCCCUUGCCCUCAUCCAUUAAAAUUAGAUAUCGUUCAAUCUUUCCAUUUCUUUUCAUCAAAGACCUCCAUCAAAAUGUGUCACUCGUUCAUGGUUGGCACUUAAGAUAAUUGCUGCCCCAUUUAUUCAGAAAUUCAGCAUUUUUGACUGAGGAACUUCUAAAUCAAUGCUUUGCUGGAAUGGCUGGAAUGGCUGGAAUGGCUGGAAUGGCUGGAAUGGCUGGAAUGGCUGGAAUGGCUUGAAUGAAAACAUGCUGUGUGGUUUACAAGGACAUGUUUUACAAGGACAUGAGAAUAGCCUUUACAGGAAGUUGAAAUAGCUGAUGACAGUGUGACCGACAUAGCUGAAACGUUUGUUUUUGUUUAGUUCUCUCUCUCUCACACACACACACGCUUUCUCUCUCUCACAUACACACACACACACACACACACACACACUCAGUCUCCCUUACACACACUCAGCACUCACAAAUUCUAGUUUUCCAAACUACAUGAGAAGCUUUGUAACACUAUCUUACCCUGAGCUGGCGUUCAGCCCUUAAUGCAUUCAGAUUGUAUCUGCUCACGUUAGCUGAGCAUAUCUGUUCUGGUCUCAACUGUCAUGGCAUGGCAUUCAUAGUUUACAGUAUGUGGAGACAAAGGGUACCUUCCAAAUGGCAUCCUAUCCCCAUAGGGCUCUGGUCAAAAGUAGUGCACUAUAUAUGGAAUAGGGUGCCAUUUGGGAUUUUUGGUUGUUUUCCCCAAAAAUACAUUAUCUCUUUGCCUUAUCCCCGAUUAGAUUAUUUUAUUACCAACAAUCUCUCACCAGUUUUGCUUACACUUCACGCAGCCUCAAGUUGACGUCCGUAACACCAAAAUUGUUAUUUUGGAGACGGAAAUAGUCUAGUCUCUCUCCAUGUGGCUGUAAAGAUAGGUUGGAACUGUGAUUACAGUGUAUGCCAGGAUACAAGUCAGAUGCACUACCCCGUUGUCAUGCCAUUCAUCUUUUAUACCAACUAGAGUUACCAUUACAACACCAGACAAACAUAAAAUGCCGUUUUCUGUUACAAUCCCAGCUACACAAUAACUCACAAUGUUCCUGUUGUAUUGUUCAACGCUUUUCCAGCUGAUAUGAUUAGUUAUUGACGUGUCAUAACAACAUUUAAAAAUGGAAAUAAAGGGGUAUCUUCUAAGGUUCUUCUUUUUUUUAAGCAUUCCUCUUUAUUUUUUGGUUCUAAUUAUGUUUUGGUACUAUUUAAUGUUAUGUCCAUUUUAUGAUCUGAAAAACUGGAAGUGUUGAGUGCAAUGCAGGUGUUCUAUAUUCCACUUCUAGAAUCUGGCUACGUAUGGUUUACCUGGUGCCUGUGCAAUGACGGAUAUACUUGAAUGUUUCGGGUGGCCAUACGACCAGGACUACAACUACAUAGAGUUCACACUACAGCCUGUGUGGCCUGGAUCCCCAGACUAAGGUGGACCUGGAGAGAGAGUGAAAGAGUUAACAUUUUACAUUUACAUUUUAGUCAUUUAACAGACGCUCUUAUCCAGAGCGACUU